AUGGCUACUCUCCAUACUCGAGAACAGGAUCUUGCUGGCAAGGUCGCCGUAAUCACCGGGGCCUCAAGAGGAAUCGGUCGAGCGAUUGCUCUGAACCUCGCAUCACGAGGCUGUUCAAUCCUAGGCACAUGUGUAACCAUCGAAAGCAUCGCCCUCAUCAAUUCCAUGAACGCAGAAAUCGACAAUCACUUCAAAGCCUCAAAUAGAACCCACAAGGUCAAGAUUCUCGGCAUCAGCUGCAGCAUCCUCUCCCCAAAUUGCGCUCAAACAAUUGCAGACACCCUCGUCGAGACUUUCUCCAGCCGAGUCGAUAUAUUCAUAAACAAUGCCUCGGAUGCUCGUGAUGCUGCGCUGGGAGAGUUGACGGUUCAGAGUAUCCAAGAGAGCAUGAUUAGUAACAUCCAAACGCCUGUUUUGAUCGUUGAGGAGUUUAUCAAGAGGAAGAUGUUCCAGCCUGAGAGUAGAAUCAUUUACAUCUCGUCUGUGCGAUCGAGACAACCCUGGUCUGGACAGCUGAUGUAUGCGGCCGGGAAGUCGGCGGGGGAGUCGCUGUGUCGGACUUGGUCGAUGGCAUUCGGUGGCAAGGAGAAGAAGUUCUCCUUCAUGGAAGGCACAACCGCAAAUGCCGUCACGGUCGGGCUCACUCAAACCGACUCAAUCAUGAAGUGUCCACCUGAUAUGCUGGAGGUCUUCAAAGAGGAGUUCAUUACUCUCCAGUCAUCUCCAAAAUUCGGUCAGCCUGAGGAUGUUGCGGAUGUGGUAGGAAUGCUGUGCAGUCGGGAUGCAAGAUGGAUCACUGGUACCGUGGUCAGUGCAAGUGGGGGUGGAAUUAAAAUCGGAUGA